AUGCCUGUCAUUCCGUCCAUUUACUCUGCCGUCCGAUACCCUGCACCAGACCUCCUGGUGACGCCCGCUUGCACCUUGCAGGCCAUGAUGAAGCCCUUCCCGGUGGCUGUCGCCAUCCUGCUCUGCCUGGCAGUUUGUGCCGAGGCCCACUUCGGCCGUGACAUGCUGGCCGCUUGCAACCCCCAGACCCAGCUGAAGUGCGGCAAGAAGUGCGUGAACUUCAAGAAGGACCCUAAGAACUGCGGCGCAUGCAACGAGAAGUGCAAGAAGACCUUUGCCUGCAUCAAUGCCGGCUGCUCCUGCCCGCCCUGGAGGCCCCAGCUUUGCACUGACACCUGCAUCAGCGUCCAGACCGACCCCUUCAACUGUGGCUACUGCGGCAACAUCUGCCCAAGUGGCAAGUGCGUCAAGGGGGCCUGCGUUGGCGGCGACGAUGCCUGCGGCCCCUACUCCCGCCGCUGCGCCGGCAAGUGCCGCAAUGUCAUGACUGACAGCAAGUACUGUGGCAACUGCGACACCAAGUGCUCUGGCGGCACCAUCUGCAAGGGCGGCGGCUGCGUUUGCCCCCCCCAGAAGCCGAACAUGUGCUCCUACAAGUGCACCAACAAGAUGAUCGAUCCUCUGAACUGCGAGUGGUGCGGCCACGACUGCACCCAGAAGGGCAAGUUCCCCAACGCCAAGUGUAUCCAGGGCGAGUGCUUCGCCUCAGGCUGA